CUUUGACAAGUCCCUUCACCGUCGAUAUUUUUUUCUCCCUUCAUAUCUCAUAUUUCUUGGCUGAACUCAAUGUGGAGACCCGCCACUCGUCAGAUUACAGGCACUAAUGAUGUACCUUUGGGGAACCGUCGUCGAUUUGGUCCAGCACCCACCGAGGACGCAGCUCCUCCGCAACUUGCUCAACCGUCUCCUUCUGCGUACCCCAAAGCUCAAGAGAAUGAGGGCUCGGGAAAACGCGGCAGAGAAGAGUCGCCGCAAAAUGGAGAUCCGAAAGUGGAUCCUAAUGCUCCUCGUAAACGACGAAGUCGGUGGGGAGACGCCAAGACAGAAAUUCCUGGACUUCCGACAGCUAUAUCCGCCGUCGGUGUUUCGCAAGCUCAACUUGACAAUUACGCUAUCCACUUGCGGUUGGAGGAGAUCAAUCGAAAACUCAGAUUGAAUAAUUUCGUUCCACCUGAGCGUGAACGAUCACCUUCGCCUCCUCCCACUUAUGAUGCCCACGGUCGACGAACCAACACUCGUGAAGUCCGGUACAAGAAAAAGCUCGAGGAUGAGCGAAUCAAAUUAGUCGACCGUGCCAUGAAAAACGACCCAAACUUCCGUCCUCCAGUUGAAUACGCCCAACAGAAACGCUCCCAGCGUCCCUCUGAUAAAGUUUACAUUCCAGUCAAAGAAUUUCCUGAAAUUAACUUCUUUGGUCUGCUCGUCGGUCCUCGUGGAAACAGUUUGAAGAAAAUGGAGACGGAAAGUGGGGCGAAGAUUAGUAUUAGGGGGAAGGGCAGCGUGAAAGAAGGAAAGGCUCGGCCAGAUCAAUACGCGGAUGACGCUGAGGAGGACCUCCAUUGUCUUGUUCUCGCCGAUUCUGAGGAAAAAGUGGCGGCUUGCGUCAGGCUGAUCAACAAGGUCAUCGAAACUGCUGCUUCUACACCUGAAGGCCAGAACGAGCACAAGAGGAACCAAUUGCGUCAACUGGCAGCACUCAAUGGUACUCUUCGUGAUGAUGAGAACCAGAUAUGUCAGAACUGUGGUGGUGUCGGACAUCGUAAAUACGAUUGUCCGGAGCAGCGCAACUUCACGGCCAACAUCAUCUGUCGUGUUUGUGGCAGCGCUGGACAUAUGGCUCGCGACUGUACGGUAAAUAAGGACCCGAAUGCGCCUCCUCCUCCUCCCACUCCUCCAGUGGGUCGUGGCGGUUUCGACUCCGAGUAUGCCAAGUUGAUGGCGGAGCUUGGUGAGCCCGGUGCUGCUGCUCCAGAUAUGUCGAAGCCUUCGUGGGCUGCUGGUCCUAGAUCAGGACAGGAUAUCACUGGUGGAGGAACGAAUAUCCCUCCGUGGCGUCGUCCUGAGAAUUGGCAAUCUAAUGUUCAGCCUCAGCAGCAGCAGCAGUUCCGGCCUCAGGGAGGUUACGGCGGUGGAUAUGGUGCUUCAGGUGGUGGGUAUGGCGGUGGACAAUGGUCAGGCCAGGGAGGUUAUCCUCAACAAUCGCAGGACUACAACUAUGCGUCCUAUUACCAGGGUCAAUACGCUCAACAGCAAACUAGCUAAAUCGUUCGCAUUCCCUCCCUUAUGCUGUAUAACAUUUUACCUCUCAGCUUCGAACCUUCUGAUCCGGGUUUUUCCUCAUCUCGCUAACCGUUUGCCCAGUUCCAACGAUCGAAUUUCGCAGACUGCUUCGACUCGACUUUUCUUAUUAGUACUCAGUACUCAGUACUCAUCAUUCACUGACCAUUCAUCCACAGAGUGAUGGGUAGGCGCGAUUAUUGGCUGACCACUGACCUCUCUAACCUUACUUGAAUGUUUCCUUCCGAGAAUAUUUGAUUUGAAGUUUGUAGGGUGUGUGUUGGGUAUGUCGUAAAUCUAUAUCCUCAUUGAUCUGCA